CCAAGUGUCUCAGAAAUGGAGAAGGUCGACGAAAAACAUUAUACAAAUGAAAUAGUCUGGAAUCAUCUAUCGGACAAAGAUUUGAUCUCGUUAAGCAAUGUUACAAAUAAAAUUAUACAAAAUUAUGUGAUAUCUAACGAAGUGGAUAUUCAGUUUAAUAAAACAUCGUAUGGGAUGUCGAACGACGUAGAAAUUCAGAAUAGUAAUAAACCGUCUGUGAUAAGUAACGAAGAAGAGUCCAAAAUAACAAACUGCGUUGCCAUUCAACAAUGCUUAGAAAAUGACAAGGUAUCUGAUGUGUCGUGUAAUAUGGAGUCUUUAAAUUCAAAAGAUCCAACCACUAAUAUACUUUCCGACACCAUCGUAACUGCCGACGUUGACAAAAAAUCUAACUCUGAAUGGCAGAAUACGAAGGAUAUUUCAGAUUUACAAAAUGAUGCCAAUGACAAUAAAAAUUUAAAUUCUGCAGAAAAUUCGGAGAACCCAAGAAUAAAUUCCAGUCAUAGAAUCCAGUCAUCGUGGAAGUCGGGUAGAAUCUCUAAGUACAGCCAGAAACUUUUAAAGCACAGCUGCCCAACUUGUAACAAAAAGUGGCGAACAUCCACAGAGCUCAAAAUCCAUAUGAAGUCUCACUCUAACUUGCGACCUUACAUGUGUGAAAAGUGUGGACAAGCUUACAAGCACAAACACGCAUUAGAGAUUCAUGUGGGCAUGCAUAAUGGUGUGAGUCCUUUUCGCUGCAGUCAUUGCAAUAAAUGUUUUACGCAGAAAGGUGCGUUACAUAGACACUUGCCAAUGCACACCGGUGAAAUGCCUUAUCAGUGUGAGUUGUGCGGCAAGAGAUUUGUGCACCACACAAGUUACAACAUGCACGCACUAUCGCACACAGGGAAAAAAUCUUACAGUUGUCACGUGUGCGAUCUUUCAUUACUGUCCACCUCGCAUCUGAAGCGACAUAUGCGUGUUCACUCGGGCGAGAAACCAUACACUUGCAGCGUUUGUGGCAAAAGCUUCGCCGAGCGCUACAAUCUAUUGGCCCACCAGAAGAUCCACGAUCCCCUGCAAACGACCGUUAAGGAGAUCAAAAGGAAUCAUUACAAAUGCAGUCAGUGCGACGUCACAUUCUCGAAGAAGCAAAAGUUCACGAAGCACGUAAGCCAGCACUCCGCUGAGCAAAGUCCAGGAGGUCGGAAAGACGCCCCCGAUGUCGAUCCGUACGAGGGCCAGAGUCACGUAAUGGAGGUACUUCGGGGCUAAUGAGAUCGACGGUGACGCUCCAGUCCCGUAUCAACGAGGUAUGGGAGAGUUUGCGAAAAGUGCUGACUGAAAAGUGAUUGGCAAUCGCUGAUUGAUAAUAGCGCUUCCCCAAUCGCGAUAAGCAGUCUCGGCUUAUCGGCACUAGACACGGCACUAGACACGGCACUAGA